AUGGAUCUGGUGCAUCUUGCGCUCAACAAGGUCGGCAUUGCCGCGCCUGACUCGCAGACGUUGUCGCUGAUGGGCACGUUGGCGUGUCUGGUGAUUACAGUGCCGCUGGCGAUUGCCUUCCACUUUUCGGCGCGGCCGCGCACGCAGCGCAUCAAGAUCUACGAGGAGCGCGUGCUGAUCCUGGGUGCGUCCAACGAACGCGGCGUGGGCGAGGCGCUGGCGCUGCAGUAUGCACGUCGCGGCUGCCGCGACCUCAUCCUCGUCGGACGCAACCUCGAGGGUCUGGAGGCGGUGAAGCGGCGGUGCAUCGAGCAGGCCAAGGAGGGCGAAGAGUACGACAUGUCCGACGAAGCGCCCGGGGACGAAGCCAAGCUGCAGCACGAGACGCGCAUCCACUGCAUCUCGGCGGAUUGCUCGCAGGCCGCCGACGUCGACCGUUUGCGCAAGCAGGUCUCGGCCAAGUUCAAGGGGCUCGAUACGCUGCACAUCUGCUUUGGCGUUUCUGCCCUGCUUCCCCUCCUGGGUGUGGCCGGUGUCGAUCCGGUAAGGCCCGCUUCGAAGCAGGACGCCUCAAAAGUGUACGCCGACAAGGCCGGCCUCGAGGCAGUGCAACAGGCCGUGACGAGUGCAUCCAACGUCAACGUAGCUGGAACCGCCGUGUGCCUGGCUGCAUUCCUGCCCAUGCUGCAGACCACGUCGCGCUUCCCUGCCGCCGUGCUCAUGUCUUCCGCCGCCGCGCUCUUCGCCACACCCACUCGCUCGGUAUACGCCGCGACCAAGUCGGCGCAGCUCUCGCUCUUCCGCUCGGUCGCUAUCGAGGCGCAGGCUCACCAAGAAGCCGCCCCCGCUGCGUCGGGUAAGCGUCGUGCCAAUGUGCGAUUCCUCGCCGUCUGUCCGGGCACCAUCUCGUCCAGCUUCCGUCAUUCGGCCGUCGACCUGGACGCAAGCACCGAAAUGCCGCAGGACCUCGCGUGGGUCAAGGGCGAAAAGAUGCUGUCGGCAGCCAGCGUGGCGGAAAAGACAAUCUUUGCCGUCGACCGAUACUCGCACGGCACGCUCACCCUACCGCGCUUCUACGCUUUCGCCACCUGGAUCGACAAGAUCUUCCCCGGCUUCAUCGCCAAACAGGCUCGCAAGAAGUACGCCUACUAG